AUAUGGGGAGGGUAAUAUUUGUUGCUUAGGAAAAUCUGCUCUUUCCUAGAAUACAUACAACAUUAUAGCAUCAAUAAACAUCCCCUUGAUACUUGAUUGAAAACUUGUUUCUUGAUAGAUUUGUAUAUACCAGAGCUAAAUUGUUCAGACUCCUUGAAAAUUGCUUAGUCUAGGUGUGAGCGAAAGAGUCUACGAAGUUAAUCUUACUGCCCCCAAUUGCCAAAAUAACAGUGUUGCUAAGAAACCAUAAAAAAAAAUUCUGCUAGGACCUGUGGGUGGUAAUGUGUUGAGAAUCCAGCAUCUGUUUUCUACAAGUCGUUCAAAUGCAUUGUCUACCUGUUGCGAAUCCAGCGUCAACCUAGUGUCAGCUGUCAAGCCAUUGUGAUCCCAGCGUAGUUUUCCUAUCAGUUGAAAGUGCACUGUCUUAACUCAUCACUUACUUUAAAGUUUAUUUUGAUCUAGCAUCGUGUUUGUGUUCCAAUUUCUAACUUGUUAUAAUCUGUUCUCUCCAUUGUACUUUGUAGAUUUUUGAAAUGUUCUUGCUUCAUUGUGGUCUUAACAUACUUGGUUGAAUGUUGCACAUGUUUAUCUUAAUUUUUCAAAAAAAUAACAUAUAAGUGUCGUUGACUUAUAUGUGCAAGAGUGGUUGACAGAAAUACACAUGUUAAAUAUCAAUUAUUUAUGAUUCAUUCACACCUCGACUUCAUUUCCACUCUAUUUUCUAUUUACUUUCUCUCUUUUUUCAAUUAUGUCACUUAUUACAUCUCUAACUUCAUCUUCUCUCCACUCCAUUCCAAUUUUUAAGAAUUGUGGAUAAGAUUUAUCCAAUAUCAAUUGUGGCUGGAUAUAUACUCCACCUUUUGGUGAACCUGAACGAGGAAGGAACCAGUCUCUACAAUUGUUGUCAGCUCAAUAUUCAAAUAAAAAUUACACAUCAUUUACUGCAAUCACAAGCUAAACUGUUUGAACUUAUCAACUCGUCGUUUGUGAGAUUACAAUAGUUGAAGGAAGAACGAAGAUGGUCUUUUAUUUCCUUCCUUCCAAUCUUUACGACAAAAACUAAAAAUGAAGUUUUAAUGGAAGAUAGGAGAGUGAAUAUAGUUGCUUCUAUAUCAGUGAUCACACUGAUAUGUAUCAUAAUUUUCGCUCGUGUCUUGUUGAAGCUCUCAAGGGCUUUCUUCCUCAUUUGUGGCGCAGGAGUUUCUGUGAUUCUUGCUGUUCUUGUUUGGCUACUCCUGCGCUUAAGCUACAACCGCAGAAGGAGGUUGUUGGAAUCACAGUUAAUUUUCGAAGGCCAAGAGCUUCGAACAGAGUAUAGUUUCUUGCGGAAGGUUGCAGGGGUUCCCACAAAAUUCAAAUUCAAAGAGCUUGAAGAAGCCACAGAUGGGUUUCAGUCACUUGUUGGAAAAGGCUCAUCAGCUUCAGUUUUCAAAGGCGUUCUCAGUGAUGGCACUUCAAUUGCUGUGAAACGAAUCAAUGCACUAGGAAACAGAGGAGAGAAGGAGUUCAGAUCAGAAGUUGCAGCCAUCGCUAGCGUGCAUCAUGUGAAUCUCGUGAGGCUUUUGGGCUAUUGUAAUGCUCCUUCAGCACCAAGGUACCUUGUUUAUGAGUUCAUCUCAAACGGGUCUUUGGAUUGUUGGAUCUUUCCAAAAAAGGAAAAUCAAAGUCAUGGUGGUAGGUGCUUGUCAUGGAACUUGAGGUAUAAAGUUGCAAUUGAUGUUGCUAAGGGACUGGCUUACCUUCACCAUGAUUGCAGAUCAAGGAUCUUACACCUUGAUAUAAAGCCAGAAAAUAUACUCUUGGAUGAGACUUAUAGAGGGAUGGUUUCUGAUUUUGGUCUCUCCAAGCUUAUUGGUAAGGAUGAAAACAAAGUGGUAUCUACAAUCAGAGGAACAAGAGGGUACUUGGCUCCUGAGUGGCUCUUGGAACAAGGUAUAUCAGAUAAAACUGAUGUCUAUAGUUAUGGGAUGGUUCUCUUGGAAAUUAUUGGAGGCAGGAAAAAUAUGUGCUUAGUAAAAGAUGAAAAGGACGUCGAGUCUAGAAGAAAAUGGCAACACUUUCCAAAGAUUGUGAAUGAGAAAGUGAGGGAAGGUAAGUUCAUGGAAAUUGUUGACCAUAGGUUGAUGGCAUGCGAGGGUGUUGAUGAGAGGGAGGUAAGAACAUUGGUUUUUGUUGCUCUGUGGUGCGUGCAAGAAAGGCCAAGGUUGAGGCCUAACAUGGUUCAAGUGGUUGAUAUGCUUGAAGGGCGCGUGAGGGUGGAGGAGCCACCAGAUACCAGAAUGAUUCAUCUGGAUUUGCUCAACGUGGAUGAAGAGAGUACAGCAAAUUGUAACAACAUGCCAAGGUUGUUGGACUCCAUGUCGAGUCAAAGAACACAUAGUAUUGUGGAUUGUACAUCUACUUAUAAUUCGUUCAUUAUGUCCGGAAGAUAGUUCUUAGCUAGCUAGCUAGCUACUCUGGCUUUAGGAGCGGAUUAUUAUUUAUUUGUUAUUAUGUUUCUUGUUUUCUCUUAUGAUUUCUCUGGGCUUGUUAAAUGACACAAAUAUGAGUUAAAUUA